AUGGUGAAAGGACGUCAAGGCGAACGUGUCAGACUCUAUGUCAGAGGAACCAUCCUUGGUUACAAAAGGUCGAAGUCGAACCAGUACCCAAACACGUCCUUGAUCCAAGUCGAAGGAGUUAACACCACUGAAGAAGUGGCAUGGUACAAAGGAAAGCGAAUGGCUUACAUCUACAAGGCUAAGACCAAGAAGAACGGUAGUCACUACCGAUGCAUUUGGGGCAAAGUCACAAGGCCUCACGGUAACAGCGGCGUGGUUCGAGCCAAAUUCACCUCAAACUUGCCUCCUAAAUCAAUGGGAGCUCGAGUUCGAGUGUUUAUGUAUCCGAGUAACAUUUGA